AUGUUUAAUCCUUCUGGUCCUAAAGACAAGCCCUUAUGCAUGGAAUUUUAGAAAGAUAUUUGCAUGAAGCUUUUAUGUACUUUAGAACACAAAUAUUGGCCAUGUCCUGAUUAUGACAAAGGAUUUUGUUAUUUGGGUUCUUCAUGUGAUAAGUUAAAAUUAAAACACAUAGUAAGAAAAUUAUGUAUGGAUUAUGUCUAUGGAUUCUGUAAGGAUGGACCUGAAUGCAAAAUGCAACAUGUCAAAUUAUUUGACUUGAAUGAUAGAACAUAGGAACUCAGAUUUACAGAAAGAUUUUAUUCCAAAUUAAAACAAGAAUAAGCUACAUUUAAAUAAAGCGAAAUAAAUGUUAAACCAGUUAUUUGCAAGUCUUGCUAGGAAGUUGGUCAUAAAUCAAAUGUCUGCAAAAAAACUUUAAGGUUAAGUCCAAAUAGAAAAAUUCUAUGCGGUAUUUGUGAAACUGAACAUACAAUCUAUGAUUAGGGCAAAAAAUAAGAUUGCCAAUACAAAAUCUCACAGUCAUAAUAAUAAUUAUUGUUUUAACAAUAAUCUUCAGAAUAAUGA